AUGCUACAUAUCAAGAAUCCGGUCGAGAAGCAUUUUGAGAAAAUAACACGUUACCAUUUAUACUUCUACAGUCUGGUGUUCAUCAGUCAAUUGCCUAACUGUUGGCACUUGUUAAGCAUUAUAUUCUUAUCACCUACAGUUGAUUUCUAUUGUAACAGCACUGAUGGCUCAAGCAUUUUGAAAAAUAAAUGCCCAUGCAAUGAUCCUCAGUGGGACAAGCGUGUGUUUACUAAAACAGUUCAAACCAAAUUUGGGAUUUAUUGUGACAAGAAGUGGUUGAUUAGUUUUUCCGAAAGUAUGACAAAUGUUGGGACUUUGCUUGGAGCGUCGCUGUUUGGAAUGCUAUCGGAUAAACACGGCCGCCUAUCAAUGUUAUCUUUAAGCUGCUUUAUAGUGGCGACAUCAGGAUGUGUUGUCAGCAUCAUGCCUAACAUCGGCUCCUUUAUUUUCAUGAGAUGCAUAGAAGGGUUAGGUGCUGGUGGAGCGAUGGUUACAGCAUACGUUCUAUGUAUAGAAUAUAGUGGAGUCAACGACAGAGAAACAGUUAGCGCUCUUUUUCACAUACCUGUAACCUUCAGCCAUAUAACACUACCAGCGGUUUCCUAUUUUUUGAGAGAUUGCAAUCAAUUCCAAUUGGCUAUUUCUAUUCCUCUUUACGCCUUCGUGACUUUGACAUGGUUAUUAUUGGAGUCCCCAAAGUGGUUGAUGGAUAACGGUCGCAUUGAUGAUGCUGCAAUGGUUAUGAACAAGAUAGCGAAAUUUAACAAGCAACCACAAUCUAAUAUUAAAGCUGAAAUAAUAGAAUACAACCGGACGCAAAAUCCAGCUUCGAUAACAAAACUCAACUUCUUCUACAUUUUCAAAGAUAAAAAUUUAACCACUAAUUUUGCCUGCAUGUCUUGGAUCUACUUCGUCUGUGGGUUAGGUUAUUAUGGAGUAUCUGAAUAUAUUAGUGGAAUGAGUAAAGAUAUUCAUAGGAAUGUUGCCAUUUCUGGAAUGCUAAUACUACCAGGAACGUUAGCUGCAGUAAUUUUGCUAAAAAGAUUAUAUAGACGAACCUUUCUUAUGUCAACGUGCUUUCUAUCAGGUAUUUUUAUGAUAGUGGUGAUAUCAACAGAUGCAUCAUCCACGUGGAUGAGAUUAAUUAUGGCUUGUAUAUGUAAUUGUUUUUUCUUUCUUUCGUUUAUCAUUGUUUUUUUAUAUGGUGUAGAAUUAUUUCCAACAUCAAUAAGGAAUUCUGUCUUAGGUAUUUUAUCUUUAAUGUCUAGAUUAGGUCAGAUUGCGGCUCCUCCUGUUGUUAAAUCGUUGUCUGAAAUUACCUCCGGAUCUGUAUUUGGCGUGACAGCGAUUUUAGGUGCAGUUACAUGUUUUCCUCUACCAGAAACUAAAGGUAUGGAGCUACCAUCUAGUCUGCAACAUUCGAAGACUUUGCCUAGAAGGAAGUCAAUGCUAGAACAAAGCAUCAUGUCGGCAAUAGGGAGCAAAUCGUCUUGA